UCUCUCCCCGCCGGUCUCGUUCUCCUGCAUCUCGCCGCCUCCUCCGCCGACCUCCUCCGCCUCCGCCGCCGCCGGGCCUAGCUCGCCGACUUGCCGUCGGAACCGAGGUGAGCAAUGGACGAUAGCUUGUACGACGAGUUCGGGAACUACAUCGGACCCGAAAUCGAAUCCGACCUAGAGUCCGGGGGCGAGGAGGAAGAAGAUGAGGACCUCCCGGACAAGCGCAGCGAGGAGCCGGCCGAAUCCGACGGCGAGGACGCCGGCGCCGGCGUCGGCGCGAACGGGUGGAUCACCGCCUCCAACGACGUCGACAUGGAGAAUCAGGUCGUCCUCGCCGAGGACAAGAAGUAUUACCCCACCGCCGAGGAAGUCUACGGCGAAGACGUCGAGACGCUGGUCAUGGACGAGGACGAGCAGCCCCUCGAGCAGCCGAUUAUCAAGCCCGUCCGGAACAUCAAGUUCGAGGUCGGCGUGAAGGAUUCUUCCACUUACGUGUCGACGCAGUUCCUCAUCGGCCUUAUGUCGAACCCGGCUUUGGUCCGGAACGUCGCGCUCGUGGGGCAUGUGCAUCACGGGAAGACGGUGUUCAUGGACAUGUUGGUCGAGCAAACGCACCACAACUCCACAUUUGAUGUCAACAAUGAGAAGCACAUGAGGUAUACGGAUACGAGGAUUGAUGAGCAGGAGAGGAGGAUCUCGAUUAAGGCCAUUCCGAUGUCCCUUGUGCUGGAGGAUAGUAAUUCGAAAUCGUACCUCUGUAACAUCAUGGACACGCCUGGGCAUGCCAAUUUCUCUGAUGAAAUGACGGCUGCUCUUUGGCUCGCCGAUGGAGCUGUGCUGAUUGUGGAUGCUGCUGAAGGGGUUUUGGUAAAUACAGAACGGGCCAUCCGGCAUGCUAUCCAAGAGCGCCUUCCCAUAGUUGUUGUGAUUAACAAAGUUGACAGACUGAUAACAGAGCUUAAGUUGCCACCAAAGGAUGCUUAUCACAAGCUGAGGCAUACCAUUGAAAUAAUUAACAACCACAUUUCUGCAGUGUCUUCAAUUGCUGGAGGUGUCCAGGUAAUAGACCCGGUGGCUGGAAAUGUUUGUUUUGCAAGUGCAACAGCGGGAUGGUCCUUCACUUUGCAGUCAUUUGCUAAACUAUAUGUCAAACUCCACGGUAUCCCUUUUGAUGCCGAUAAGUUUGCUUCCCGUCUUUGGGGAGAUUACUACUAUCAUCCAGAUACCAGGGUGUUUAGGAAAAAAGCUCCAGUUAGUGGAGGGGAGAGGUCGUUUGUCCAAUUUGUGCUUGAGCCCCUGUACAAGAUAUACAGUCAAGUAAUUGGGGAGCAUAAGAAAAGUGUGGAGGCAACUCUUGCAGAACUAGGGGUCACUCUCAGCAAUGCCGCUUACAAGUUGAAUGUGAGACCUUUGCUUCGGCUAGCUUGCAGUUCAGUUUUUGGUUCAGCGUCAGGUUUUACAGAUAUGCUGGUUCGACAUAUUCCAUCAGCCAAAGAUGCCGCCAGCAAGAAGGUUGAGCAUAUUUACACUGGGCCUGAAGAUUCAAUGAUCUACAAGGCUAUGGAAAAAUGUGAUCCCUCUGGCCCGCUAAUGGUAAAUGUCACUAAAUUAUAUCCAAAGUCUGAUUGCAGCGUGUUUGAUGCAUUUGGUAGAGUCUAUAGUGGUGAGAUUCAGACAGGUCAGACCUUACGUGUUCUUGGAGAAGGCUAUUCCCCGGAUGAUGAAGAGGAUAUGACAGUGAAAGAAGUAACAAAAUUGUGGAUCUAUCAAGCUCGAUAUCGGAUACCCAUAGCCAAGGCCCCUCCUGGUUCAUGGGUCUUAAUUGAAGGAGUUGAUGCUUCAAUCAUGAAAACUGCCACCCUUUGUAACGUUGACUAUGAUGAGGAUGUCUACAUAUUCCGGCCUCUUCAGUUCAAUACACUUCCUGUUGUUAAAACAGCUACUGAGCCUCUAAAUCCUAGUGAGCUUCCAAAAAUGGUGGAGGGUCUCAGGAAGAUAAGCAAGAGCUAUCCUCUGGCCAUCACGAAAGUUGAGGAGUCUGGGGAGCACACUAUUUUAGGUACUGGAGAAUUGUAUCUGGAUUCAAUUAUGAAGGAUCUGAGAGAGCUUUACUCGGAGGUGGAAGUGAAGGUGGCCGACCCUGUUGUUUCAUUCUCUGAAACAGUGGUUGAGUCUUCAUCUAUGAGAUGCUUUGCUGAGACACCUAACAAAAAGAAUAAGAUAACAAUGGUUGCAGAGCCUUUGGAAAAAGGACUCGCUGAAGAUAUUGAAAAUGGAGUUGUCAGCAUUGACUGGAAAAAGAAGGAACUUGGGGAAUUCUUUCAGAAAAAAUAUGACUGGGAUCUGCUUGCUGCACGGUCCAUAUGGGCGUUUGGGCCUGAUAAGCAGGGACCCAAUAUUUUGUUGGAUGACACAUUAUCCAGUGAAGUGGAUAAGAGCUUGCUGAAUUCUGUCAAAGAUUCUAUUGUUCAGGGAUUUCAAUGGGGUGCUCGGGAAGGGCCUUUGUGUGAUGAACCCAUCAGAAAUGUGAAGUUCAAAAUUGUUGAUGCGCGGAUAGCACCUGAACCAUUACAUCGUGGAUCAGGGCAGAUCAUUCCUACUGCUCGACGUGUGGCUUAUUCUUCAUUUCUCAUGGCAACUCCUCGUCUCAUGGAGCCAGUAUAUUAUGUGGAGAUACAAACACCAAUAGACUGUGUCUCUGCAAUCUACACGGUGUUAUCUCGAAGGCGUGGACAUGUGACAGCUGAUGUCCCCCAGCCAGGGACCCCAAGUUACACUGUUAAGGCAUUUUUACCCGUGAUAGAGUCAUUUGGUUUUGAGACAGACUUGAGAUAUCAUACUCAAGGACAAGCAUUUUGCCUAUCGGUCUUUGACCACUGGGCUAUAGUUCCUGGUGAUCCUCUUGACAAGAGCAUAGUCUUGCGGCCUCUGGAGCCUGCCCCAAUUCAGCACCUUGCACGAGAAUUCAUGGUGAAGACCAGGCGUAGAAAGGGUAUGAGUGAGGAUGUCAGUAUCAACAAAUUCUUUGACGAGGCAAUGAUGGUGGAAUUAGCUCAGCAUGCAGCUGAUCAUCAAUAUCAGAUGAUUUGAUUCAAGGAUUUCCUCACUGCCACAGAAGAUGGAGGGCAUAUGAGCAUUUUGCCUCUAAAGUCUCCUGGGGCUUCGCAUUGGCAAUCUCUUGGCACUUGCCUAUGUAAUUAUGUGACGUUGCACUUGUGUUAGCUGAGCUUUUGCUAGAAAAGAUUUCUGUAUAAUUGCUUCUGUAGGGCAACCGUAAGGAAGGUUUUUUUCCUUUAUUCCUUCAGUACCAUCCUCUUCUAACAUAGCUUAAACAUCUGUGGCACAAUGUAACUUGCCUUAGCACUGUUGUAUCAGUUUUUUUUAUUGAUUUAA